AUGGGCUUUAGCAGAACAAACCCUAACGCGCCUCGAAAGCUUCAGUCUCAAUUGAGUUAUCCGAAAGAGCCUCCCAGAUAUGCCUCUAAAAUAGGCAACAUUGUCCCAGUCAGCCAGCCACGAGGCAGUCGAGCACGGCACCGUAAAAAAAUCUUAGGUCUAAUUUUCAGUCCACUUUCCGGUCCGCGGCUAAUCGAGCCUUCCCCAUUGAAUAAGUUCGUUGACUACUGCGUUCAUUGUAUAUUGCGCCUCAAAUUCAUUAAAGGCUCAAACGCACCUUGCACACGAGCCUCAGGCCCACGUUGCCCCAAUUUGGCUUAG